AUGGGCAAUUUUACAUCGCGCCUGAUUUCUUACUGGUUUCCGAAUAUUGAAUGCCGAACAUUGAUGCUUGGAUUGGAUGGCGCCGGAAAGACAACGCUUCUUUAUAAGCUGAAGCUUAAUGAGACGGUUCAUACGAUUCCAACAAUUGGUUUCAACGUGGAGACGGUGACGUUCCAGAAAAUGACGAUCACAGUUUGGGAUGUCGGCGGACAGGGAACAAUUCGAGCGUUGUGGAAAUACUAUUUCCCGAACACCACGGCGUUGGUGUUCGUCGUCGACAGCCAUGACAGCGAGCGAUUCAACGAAGCCCGUGACGAGCUUCAUCGUGUUCUGCAAGACUUUGAGCUUGCAGAAACGCACCUUCUGGUGUUCGCCAAUAAGCAGGAUUUGCCGAAUGCGAAGUCAACUGCCGAAGUUGCGGAAGCUCUAGAUUUAACGUCGCUUAAGAAUCGACAAUGGUUCAUCGUUGGGACGAACGCGAUCACCGGCGAUGGAUUGUUUGAAGGAUUGAUGUGGCUCAAGAAUGUCAUGAAGGCUUGA